CCGCAGCCGCCGCCACCUUCCCCGCCCUCCCCGCUGCCGCCGCCGCUUCACCCGGUGCCGGCUAAACAGCGAGAGGAGAAAAAAACGGCUCUGAGCAAAGUAGUUAUUCGACGGCUUCCUCCUUGUCUAACUAAGGAGCAACUGGAGGAACAGCUACAUCCUCUACCUGCCCAUGAUUAUUUUGAGUUUUGCACUGCUGAUCCCAGGAUUGGAGUACCCUGCAGUGGUUGAAUUUGCUCCAUUCCAGAAGAUUUCCAAAAAGAAGCUGAAGAAGAAGGAUGCCAAAGCUGGGAGCAUUGAAGAUGAUCCGGAAUAUAGAAAAUUUUUAGAGAGUUACUGUGCUGAUGAAGAAAAAAUCUGUGCCAAUCCUGAGAUUCUUUUGGGAGAGAUUGAGGCCAAAACAAGAGAACUUAUUGCUAGAAGAACAACACCCCUUUUGGAAUAUAUUAAAAAUAGAAAAUUAGAAAAGCAGAGAAUACGAGAAGAGAAAAGGGAAGAACGAAGGCGGAGGGAAUUGGAGAAGAAGCGUCUGCGAGAGGAAGAGAAAAGGAAACGCAGAGAAGAAGAAAGACGUAAAAGAAAAGAAGUGGAGAAGCAAAAGAAAAUUUCUGAAAAAGAAAUAAGGAUCAAGCUUCUCAAGAAGCCUGAAAAAGGAGAUGAACUGACCAGUGAAAAGUACAAAGAAAAAGGUGAAGAAGCUGACAUUGAGGAAAACAAAUGGGAUAAAUCACCUGGAUCUGGGAGCAUAAAAUCCAAAUCAUCAGAAGCUUCACUAAAAGAACUUAAGGAAAAGUCACAAAAUGGUAGUGACAAAGAGCAAAGAGAUUUGGAGAGAAGAUUUCGAGAAAAAGAACCUGAAAGACAAAGGUAUCGAUUGGAUGAUGGCAGAAAGCAUAGAGCUCACUGUGAGUUUGACAAGUUUGUGAGAAGGAAUGAAGAAGAGCUGAAAUGGGGGAAAGGAUACAACCAAGACAGAGGAAAGAAAGGGAACUACAACUACAGCUUCACUAUGGAGGCAGUAGACAAACUGGGUAAAGAGGACAAGUGUGAUGACAUGGCAUCCAAAAAGGAGCGCAUAAGAAAUAAGGACCGCCCAGCCAUGCAGUUAUACCAGCCAGGAGCUCGCAUUCGAACUCAUACGGGAUGUACAAGCAAAAGCUAUGACUGCAGUGGGAAAUCUUUUGAAGAUGCUCUUGAUAAAAAGUACGAGGCAGAUAAUUCAGCUGGAGGUGGUUCUGAGAAGAGUGAAGAAGGAGAAUAAAACAAACUGGAGGAAUGACUUGUGAGAAGGGAUGAAUUUGAGAUUCAGUGUCAUCACAAAAAAAUCCAUAGGACUGUAGUAUCACAGUACUGUGAUAAGGUACUGCAAUACUGUUUCAGAUCUCCACUGACAACUGCACCAACAAAAUUCUAAUAGCUUUGUCCCUUUCUGUACAAUAAAGGGAAGAGUGACUGGAGACAUAAAGUAUCUUACAGCAAAGGAAUAUAGUUGCUUUUUUACAAAAAGCAGUGCAAACACUACUUGCCUAAUUUAAAAGCAGUUCAAUAUUUCAUUAGAUUUACCUUGAAACAGAAAACCUCUAACAGUUUUAAAGGAGUAUUUAUAGAAAAUUUUUCAGAAGCUUUUCAAAUAUUAAAAAAUUGAAAGGUGGAUUUGCAUCAGUUUGAAAUCUGCAGCACUUCUUUGGCAUGACAUGAGGCUCAUGAGGCACAGGACCCCUUUCUGCAAAUGGCAGUGUCAGGAGCUGCUGCAGGGUUCUUCUGUUGGAUUUGGUGAGACCAGCCCGGGGAGGAAGUUCUGGAGCCAGUAGUGUUUGCAGGAUGAGUGAGGCCCACAGUUUGCACAGUUGAGAAGUGUCUGUUGGUAUCUGUACCUCAUUGUGUUUACAUUGGUUUUCAAAGAACUGUAGUGUCAGAUAAGUGUUAGUACAGCUACAAGUAUGUUAGAAAGUUUGUAAUUUUCUGAGCCACCUUGACCUUUUGUUUUAAUAGAUUCUUGUGCUUUAAACAGGAACACUAAUACAAAUCUCAGCACUUAAUAUAGCUGGUUUUAAUAAAUUAGAUGUUUUUUAUGGUUUUGACACUGACUUUGAAUAAAAAAGCAAAAGUGGUUGUACAGUGAUGACUUUUUAUAAGCUAAUGUUUCAUAUAAUUUGCAGAGGUAGGAUUUGGGAAAUGUAUGAUACAUGAAUAUUCUGCAGUUCUAUUUCUUAAAAAAUUAAACACACGUGAAUGUCAGCUGCAGUCUUAACUGUAGUCUGUGGUCAGGCAGAAAGGGACCUGGGGGUACUGGUAAACAGUAGGAUGAACAUGAGUCAGCAGUGUACCCAGGUGACCAAGAGGGCCAAUGGCAUCCUGGCCUGCAUCAGGAACAGUGUGGCCAGCAGGAGCAGGGAGGUCAUUCUGCCCCUGUACACUGCACUGGUUAGGCCACACCUCGAGUACUGUGUCCAGUUCUGGGCCCCUCAGUUUAGGAAGGAGGUUGACUUGCUGGAAUGAGUCCAGAGAAGAGCAACAAAGUUGGUGAGGGGUUUGGAGCACAAGCCCUAUGAGGAAAGGCUGAGGGAGCUGGGGUUGCUUAGCCUGGAGAAGAGGAGGCUCAGAGGAGACUUUAUUGCUGUCUACAACUACCUGAAGGGAGGUUGUAGCCAGGUGGGGGUUGGUCUCUUCUCCCAGGCAACCUGUGACAGAAUGAGAGGGCACAGUCUCAGGCUGCGCCAGGGGAGGUUUAGGCUAGCUGUU